GCCAUGAGCGGGCUGACGAGUAAUUUCUGCAGAACUUGCAGAAAACUGCAGAGGAUCAACUCGCUUAUUGUGCGUCAAUAUCCUCGACAUUUAUGCUCUCAAGUUACAGAUGCAACGCCCCUUACUGAUUCUGUGUUGUGGCAUGAAUACAACACUUCGAAAUCUUAUUGCGAACAGUUUGCUACUGACCAUCAAAUCAACGUGAAUCCAAAGACGGUGUUUGCGAAUAAUGAGAUUAAUCUGUCCAACAUCGACGUCUAUGGAUUUGAUUAUGACUACACCCUGGCCUGCUACACGGACCAUCUUCACUACCUCAUAUAUAACCAGGCCAUGGAGAACUUGGUGGAAAGAAAAAUGUUUCCCCCAGGUAUCAAGAGUAUGAAGUUUUCACCCGACUUUGCCAUCAGAGGACUUCACUUUGACACAAAAAAGGGCUAUCUAAUGAAGAUUGACGCCUUUCAACACAUUCAACUUGGAACAGUACACAGAGGACUGCAGCCGGUGAGCGAGGAUGAAAUAAUUGAGAGGUACGGAGGAACUCACAUCCCAGAAAGCUUAAUGAUCCCCGGACAGAUGCAACACCCAGUAAAGCAUCUGAUGGAUUUAUUUGCUAUUCCAGAGAUGACGCUUCUUGCCAAUGUUAUAGAGUAUUUGACGGAGAACGAGCUGGAGUAUGAUCCAGAGUACCUCUUCACUGAUAUUCAUAAUGCAGUGAAAGAAAUACACACGUCUGGCAUAAUGCACAAGGAGAUUGCUGGCAAUGUAGAGAAAUAUUUGCAGGUAGGCACCGGUAUUCCUGAAUAUAUUCGGAGGUUGCACGAGGGCGGCAAACGACUCUUUCUCAUCACCAACAGCCGCUUCAGCUUUGUAGAUGAAGGGAUGAAGUACUUAAUUGGUCCAGACUGGAUCGACCUAUUUGAUGUCAUCGUCACCCAAGCAAGGAAACCACUCUUCUUCCAUGACACAACAAGACCCUUCCGAUUUAUCUACCGUAAGACAGGGAUGCCAUCUUGGGCGAGAGUCAACAAGCUCAGAAAGGGAAAGAUUUACUUGGAGGGUAACAUGGAGCAGUUCUCCGAGUUGACUCAGUGGGACCCGUCGUCAGUUUUAUAUUUUGGGGAUCACGUUUACAGCGAUCUAGUGGACCCUUGCCUCAAGAAUGGCUGGAGGACUGGAGGGAUCAUUCCGGAACUUGAGGAUGAGAUUGCCAUAUGUAACUCCGUUCCCUUCAAGCAGGCAGUCACAUGGCUGGUGUCGCUGCAAGAGCUCAUCCAAAAACACCAGGUUCUUGAAGAUCCAGGAUGUCAAGCUGUCGUUCAAGAAUGGCUGAGAGAAAGACAUCAACUCAGGAUUACUACGAAGACACUCUUCAACUCUCAGUUUGGUAGCGUCUUUCGAACAUACGACAAUCCGUCCUACUUCACGUCAAGGCUCUGUCGCUUUGCGGAUAUCUACAUGUCAUGUCUCGGUAACCUCAACUCGUACUCGCUGCAUCAUACAUUCUACCCCCGCCGUUCAGCGCUUCCGCACGAGAUCAGCUUCAGUAAUCUUCUGCAACUAUAAAAUGCAAGUAUGAGAACCGAGCCCAAUUUUCUUCUUUUAACAAUAAUAGUUUUACAAAUUAACAGCUGAACAAAUUUUUGAGAAUUGUCCCCUUUUUUUAAUCAAAUAUUGAUAAAAAUAAUUGUGUGAUGUGCAAUUUCCAUAACAUUUUUAUUUGUGUAUUCCAUUGAAAUGUGUACAAUUUGUGUCUGCAAAAAUUACGGGCUCUGUGGCUGUUUUGUAAACGGGUAUUGUUGCAGGUCUUUAUGCAACAAGUAUAGUGCAUUGUUUUGACACCCUUAUAUAAUUUGUAAGAAGUCCAUGAUGCACAAAAAUAGUUUAAGGCCAGAUGUUUGGACCCUAGCAGAGUCUUUCUUGAAGGCGAAUAGACAACCCAACAUUACAAUACAGUAAGAUAGAGGAUAUCUUGACAAAUAAACACAACAAUAGGUCAUUAUUUUCUGUAAGGUUUCGUAAACAUCAAACUGUCAUUAUUUAAGAACAGUUUGCACGCAAAGGCUAGCUAUACUUCUUCAUUGCCAUUUAUAAGCAUUAAUAAGUGCGUCAUUCAAAACCUUAGAAUGGCAUUCGUUGCUAUUUAAAGAGUUCUUCAAAUCUGUUUUUGGAUCUUAACCCAUAACUAAUUGACUGGUCACUGUUUCUGCCUGACCCCAUGUGGAGAAUGAUAAAUAAAGAGGUGCUCCAAGGUUUAACUAAUUUUGUAACUUUAUAUUAAGUUCAAUGUUUUUCCAACAUGGAACACUCAGAGAGACUUUACACUGGUCCUCAGGUGAACUAACUGUCAAUUGGUCAGUUAUUUUUACUAUCCCUUACUAUCCCUGAUAGCCUGAUUUAGGCCUGUAUUCUUUGUUUUGGAAAGGGCAACCUACUAGGAAAUUGUACAUUUCUACUGCAACAUUUCAAUGGCACCAAGGCAAUGAACAGGGGGCACGCAGGCAAUCAAUUGCCUUCGUUGCUUCCAUGAAUGGUCUGAUGGCGGACCCUCUCGUUGCCCUAUACAAAAGGCUAGUUUCUCAAGGUUUUUGGGGGUUACCUGAAAAUAACUUUGUCUAAAGUAUUCUUUAAAGUUUCUUUUGUCUUGGUAUCCUGGUUUAUUGUUAUCGUGAAAUCCUGUUUUGGUUGUUCUUGUGAACAGUGUGGUGAAGCAUCAAGUGUUGUUUGUAACAGGUAAUGCUGCCUGUGAUUUGGGUUUUCCCCGCAAAAGAACCUAAAAAUACUUCAUCCAAUAGACUUUUUAAUUGCUCAGUGGCAUGCAGGACCGGACUUAGGGUGGAUUACACUUAACUUGCGCCAUUGAUUGGUGUCAUAAGUUAAGUAAAGGUUUGUUAUGUUCUACCAGCUGGAAAAUAAGCCAAACGCUGUUUUUUCUACCAGGGCCCAAUUUCAUAGAGCUGCUAAGAACAAACAUUUCCUUAGCAUAAAAUUUCUUCCUU